AUGUUUGUCGCCUCCUCGCUCUACCGGUACGCCACCGCGAAGCCAGAGGCGCCGUCCGAGAGCCCGCAGCCCAACCGCACCAACCGGGUCAAGCGCCGCCCCGCCCACGCCGGCCGGCCGCUCUCGCCACCGCCGUCGUACGCCUCCGUCACCGGCGAAAAGGCCAGCGGGACAGAGACCCACCACGAUGACGUCGACCACCUCUCCGACGAGAUGCGGGCCAAGAUCGCCGUGCUCGACGCCAUCACGGCCGAAGAGGACCUGUACAAGGUGCUCAACGUGCACCGCAGCGCCAAGCCCGAAGAGAUCCGCAGGGCCUUUCUCAACCGCAGCCGCAUCUGCCACCCAGACAAGUUCCCCUCGUACCCGGCCUCGACGAUAGCGUUCCAGAAGGUCGCCCUCGCCUACGAGACGCUCAGCAAGCCGUCGUCGCGGCGGAUGUACGACGUCUCGGGCCGCAGCGACUUUGCCGCCGCCGUCAACAACGCCGAGGACGGCGUGUACGGCUCCGACCCCGGAGACUUUGGCGACGAGACGCUCAACAACGUCCUCUACACGAUCAUGUGCGAGUUCCUCGAGGGCGACUUUGACAAGCUCAAGGCCCUGAUCCAGGCGAUGAACAGGGGAGAUAAUGGUGUGCAGGUGGAUUCGGACGCCUUCCUCCGCAAGAUCCACGACAAGCUCUUGGCCGGAAGGCGGUACCUUCGGGUCGUGCACCUCGAGCUGAUCCGCCUGUACGAGAUCCAGCAGCACCUCCGCUCCCUCUCCUACCUCGACGUCUUUGGCCGGCUGCGCCUGACGAUCCAGCUGGCGCGCGUCACGCUGAGCAUCCCGAUGGCCAUCGACCAGGCCAUGAAGACGUCGGGCGACGGGCAUGAAGAGGGAGCGAGCGGGCCGGGGCGCGAUGCCGACGCCGAUGUCGAUGUCCACCCACCCUCGGGUACCGAGUCGUCGGACGAUGACGACGAGUACGACGUCGACGAGGACCGGGAGCAGUUCUUCGGCAUCGCGGUCGACGAUCGAGAAGCCGAGGUGGAGCGCGUUGACCGCCGGGCCGCGCGGCGGGCCGCCCGGGCAAAGAGGCGGGCGCGGGAAGCCGCGCGUCGGCAGAACCUCGAGGCGGGCCACCAGAGGCGGCGCACGACUUCCACCGCAUCGGCAUCGGCGCCGUCUCCAUCCCCGUCCUCGACCGAGGAUGCGGUGCAGCAGAGGGGCCUCCUCGGCCCGGCCACGGGCAAGCUGCUGCUCAACGUCAUCAAGGUGCUCGAGGCGAGCGAGUCGUGGGUCCCCGGCCAGUCUGGUCGCAGCCACGACCCGGACCAAUAG